GUCUAAACAUUUACAGUCCAAUUUUGAACAUUGAACAACGCACAAUGAAAUUCUUCGUUGCCAUCUGCAUGCUGUUUGGCUUGGCCACCGCCGAGUAUGUUGUCAAGAAUAGGGAGAAUAUGUUGAGCUAUCGCGAGGAGUGCGUCAAGGAACUGGGUGUGCCCGCCGAGCUCGUCGAGCAGUAUCAGAAAUGGGAGUAUCCCAACGAUGAGAAAACCCAAUGCUAUCUGAAAUGCGUCUUCACCAAAUUCGGCCUGUUCGAUGUCCAGUCUGGUUUCAAUGUCGAGAACAUUCACACCCAAUUGGUCCGCGGCGCUGCCAGCCACGACGAUGAGAUGCACGGCAAGAUUGCCGCCUGUGUCGACAAGAAUGAGCAGGGUUCGAAUGCCUGCGAGUGGGCUUGGCGCGGUGCCAACUGCCUGGUGAAGAAUCACCUGCAGCAGAUUCAGCAGAGCCUGGUCGCCAAUGCCGAAAUUACACCUAAGAGUAAAUAACCAAUAAUUUUGUCUACGCAUUUCCCUAAAUAAUAACAAAAAGCAAACAAUGA